AUCUGUUACAUUAUCUUCUCCCCUGUAUUUCAAUUGUCUCAGCAUCGACGAUCACCUAUGCCUCGCUGCACACACAAAGGCUGCGGCCAGGAUUAUGACGCCGCGAACAAUGCCGAAGAGAGCUGCACCUAUCAUCCCGGCGGCCCCGUCUUCCAUGAAGGGCUCAAGUCCUGGUCGUGUUGUUCGGCAGUGAACAAGCCUGUUCUGGAUUUUGACGACUUUAUGAAGAUAGCAGGUUGUACUAAAGGGGCACACACGGACGAGGCCCCCAAAGUGGAGGCCCCGCAGUCGUCCGCGAAUGUGGACCUCAAAAUGACGGGCUCAACGCAAAGCGGGACGGAAACUUACUCUUCCUUACCGUUGGGUGUGCGAGCGGCCGUGCCAGCUGCGCCCGCACCUCCACCAGCACCAGCACCAGUAGAUGAAGAAGAGGACGAUCUAUCCGCUUCAGUGGCGGCGGGCACAAAAUGUAGACGCAGCGGUUGCCAGACGGUGUACGAAAGUGACGAUGUGAAUCGUGCCGGGGAUGGCCCUGGGACUGUGUGUACAUAUCAUCCCAAACCUCCAAUCUUUCAUGAGGGAAGCAAGGGUUACCUGUGCUGCAAACGGCGUGUCCUAGAGUUCGACGAAUUCCUCAAGAUUGAAGGGUGCACGAAGGGUCGUCAUGUGUUCGUCCCGAAGAAUCAAGAGCAGACCACUGAGCAGUUCACGGAGUGCCGUAUUGACCACUAUCAGACCCCAACGGACGUCCACGUCUCCGUGUUCGCCAAACAAGCCGAUCGAGAACGUAGCACUAUCAAGAUAGAGGAUAACUCGAUUCACCUCGAUCUCUAUCUGCCGGGUUCCAAGCGCUUCCGCAAAUCAUUGGAGCUUUUCGGUCCAGUUAAUGCUAGCGCAUCUAGCUUCAAGUACUUCGGCACAAAGGUUGAGGUGCUCCUCAAGAAGCAAGAUACUCGAAGUUGGACAAUCCUGGAGAAGCCUACAAGGGACCUUGGCCCGGUUGCAUUGACGUUCGGCGUGGGUGGCAGGACAGGCACAAUCGGUGCUAAGGAAAUUGUCCUGGACGACAUGAACAGGGCCAAUAAAAUCCAAGCAUGAGCGUAAGAUACAGAUGCAAUAUGCAGCACGGCGACAUCUGGGUUGUGGUCUAUGAUACUAUUCUAGUGUUGUGCAUACGCAAUGAUGAUCGUGGUGUAAAUGAUCA